GCUGCUGAUGCACGAUGCAUUCGUUACUAUGGCGUUCAGAGACAAGGUUGUUCUAGUGACCGGCGGGAGCUCGGGUAUCGGCAAAGCCAUAGCCGUACAUUUCUCUAAAGAAAAAGCUAAAAUAGUCAUCAUUGGUCGUACUAAAGCGACUAUAGAUGAAGUGAAAGAUAUUUGUACAGCGAACAGUGAGACUGAAGCUAUGGGGAUACAAGCAGAUGUCAGCAAGGAUGCUGAUAUUGAAAUGAUUGUCAAUAAAGUCACUGCAACAUACGGACGGCUGGAUGUGCUAGUGAACAAUGCCGGGGUGUUCAUAUCUGAUGAUAUCUUGACGGCUACUAUGGAAAAUUUUGACGCGCAUAUAAAUACGAAUCUCAGGGGGACUUUUAACCUGACGAGACAAUUUGUGCCACUUCUUAUCAAGUCAAAGGGUAAUGUCGUCAAUAUAUCUGGCGUGGAAGCGGUGAAGUACGUGGAAGGGCUGCUGACUGAGAGUCUGUCAAAGGUGGCGAUACAGCAUUUGACAAAGUAUAUCGCUUACGAACUGGGGCCGAAGAAAGUUCGCUCUAACUCUGUAGCUCUGGGCUAUGUUACGGGCACGAAGAUUAUAGAGAGAGCGAAUAUAGAUCCCGAGGAGUUCGGUCGAGAGAUUCUCCCGCGCGUGCCCCUUGGAGAGUUCAUCAAACCCGAGGACGUGGCGAAGACAGUGGCUUUCAUUGCUAGCGAUGCUGCCAGGCAUAUCACUGGACAGAACAUAGUUGUGGAUGGAGGCUUUUGCUGCCAUUAGUGACAAAGAUGACACUG